AUGUCUUUCAACUUUUCGGGAAUUAAGAAAGCACUGUUUGGAGAUAAUAAGCCUCGACCAAAACUUGGGUCUCUCGAUAUAGAGGGUGUGACACAAUUAAUCCAGGAUGGUCAAGUCAACAAAAUAAUAACUAUGGUUGGUGCUGGCGUGUCAACAGCUGCUGGAAUACCUGAUUUUCGAAGCCCAUCUUCUGGCAUAUACGACAACUUGGGAGAUUUUAACUUGCCCACUCCGGACGCAAUAUUCUCGAUUGAUUACUUCCGAGACGAUCCUAGACCUUUCUUUGAGAUUGCAAGGCGUUUGUAUCGACCAGAAGCAAAGCCUACAUUGGCUCAUUGUUUUAUCAGGCUACUUCAUGACAAAGGCUUACUUCUUAGGCAUUAUACACAGAACUGUGAUAGUUUGGAACGCUUAUCUGGUUUACCAGAGGAGAAAUUGGUUGAAGCCCAUGGAACAUUUCACACAGGACACUGUAUUAAGUGCAAGAAACUGCAUGAUUUCGAGUUUAUGCUAAAUGAAAUUUUAGCCAAAAGAGUGCCUAAGUGUCUUAAAUGCAAACACGUCGUCAAACCUGAUGUUGUACUUUUUGGAGAGAGUAUGCCGAAGAAAUUUUUCAAGAACCUUUCUUCGGAUCUCAAUAAUUGUGAUUUACUCAUCAUAAUGGGUACUUCUUUAACUGUGUUACCAUUCUGUGCUAUGAUUCAUCGUGUUGGUAAUGAUGUCCCGCGACUCUACAUUAAUCGAGAAUAUAACGAUGGAUCUACAGAGCCUGGUUUAUCUUCAUUCAUUAUGCGGUUCAUGGUGGCUGGUUUUAAACAGAAUUAUAUGAAAUGGAGCAGGUCUGAUAAUAAACGUGAUAUAUUUUGGUCGGGUAAUGCGGAUGAUGGUGUAGUCAAAAUAUCAGAACUUCUUGGCUGGAAGGAUGAUCUUUUGAGAUUAAAAGAGGAGACGGACUCUCGCUUAAAUGAAGAGUUUAUAGCAAAGAAAUCGCAUGACAAAAUCAGUGGGCAAUGA